CUGACUUCCUUCACUUCAUGAGAGUCAUUGUUGUUUUAGGAUUCAAUGAAUUGGUUUCUUGACUUUUAACUUGCUGUGUUUGGCACUAGUGAUGUCUGGAGGAACCAAGUUUCUUCUUACAAUCCUCAUAUUCAUGCAGCUCUCAGGAACCCCAUUUGCACAACAGAGACAGCAGUGUCUCCCUUCUAGUUGUGGACAUAUUCAUAACAUCAGUUAUCCCUUUCGAUUGAAAAGUGAUCCAAAGCACUGCGGCGAUGAAAAUUAUGAAUUGAGCUGUGAAGGAGAUCGUGCCAUAUUCACAAUAUUUCUAGAUGAUUGGUAUGGAUCACUGAACUACUAUGUUCAAGCCAUCAAUUACAAUAACUCCACUAUCCGUCUUGUAGAUGCUGGUAUAAGAGAACAAGUUAUAUGCUCUCUUCCUCAGAAUUCGAUUACGUAUUACACUACACCUCUUAGUUUUAAUUUUGUUUAUUUAACUACAGUACCAAUCACUCUCUUCAGCUGUCCAUUUGCCUUAAAUUCUCCUGUCUUUGUUGAAAUCACUAAUUGUCUCAACAGGAGUUAUGUUUCCAAUGUUUCUUCUAAUUCAUUUAAGGGACACAUAUAUGCAACCAUGGCUGAAUUAUCACCAUCCAAUUUGAAAGUCGGGUGUAGCAUACACCUCAUGUCAAUGACUUCAUGGCGUUUUCAGGAUGCAAAUGCUAACAUUUCUAUUUUAAGUUUGCAUAAUGCUUUGGCAUAUGGAUUUGAGCUUUCAUGGUUUGAUAACGUUUACUGUCACAAGUGCCCCUAUCCAUAUGGCUGUGUAGGUGAAAAUUCAACGGAUGUUCGUUGUGUGGAUCACAGCUGCAGAGCUUACAACUUUAGAUUCUUCAAAACGUUGUGUGCAAUCAUCCCAUGGAUACUUCCCAUAGCUGGUAAGCCACAUCUUUCGUCUUUCAAAUUUAUUACUAGAAAUCAUUCUAAUGUUGAAGUGAUGGAUGUUGAAGAAGUAUUAGGCUAA